GUUGUGAUGAGUGUGGAGGUGAUGUGUUGAUUAGGGGUUGUUCUCUCCCUCGAAGAACUCAGUGGUUUCCUUCCCACUCUCUGCUUCUUCUCAAUCGACCAUCUUCUUGAAAAUUUUAAAUACUUCUCCUUACAUGAAACAUGCUCAGAACAAACCAAGCACACUCAAACAACACCCAUCCAACCGAUCAACCGCCAUCAGAGAAACGAAGAAGGACCGGCAAGGAUACCACCUCGCAUGGCCCCACCUUGGAGGUCGCACUGGUGGAUGUCGACCUGGUCGUCUUUGGACGCUACGAGAUCAACGCCUGGUUCCCAUCUCCAUACGUGAUCGAUCAGAUAGAGUACCGCCAAGCAACCUUAAACAACCAUCCAAACCCACCCCCUCCUCAACCAAAUCAACCAACAGCACCACACUCGAAACGACAGAGUAAUGGGCCAUUCCAGGGUAAGAAAACUAAGAAGGGAAACAACAAACAUCCCACCCAGCCUUUCCAGGAGGCACCCCACAAUACCCUACCCACCUCACCCUCCAACUCAAGCCCACCACAUCAACAGCAGGAGAACAUCAACCAUCAUCAAGACCGAAAACGCGAUCGGUCUCCGAGCCCAGACUCCCUCUCGUCCUUGGAAUCUACCUCAUCGGUUCCCUCAAAUCACUCAGACCUACAUCCAACUCAUCCCCUCCUCCCCGUCCCACCUAAGCAUCUCUACCCCACUCCACAGUCUCAUCCAUCCAGCCUCACUUCCGACACCGGCCCAAUCAAGCCAACCCCUACCUCAAACCAUCUCCCUCAGCCCGAUCCUCCUCCCGCUCUCAAGUUAUACGUCUGCGAUGGAUGUCUCAGAUACUUGUUUUCAUCCGAGGCGUAUCUCCAACACAAGAUGCGGUGCAACGUGACUCAUCCCCCAGGUCGGAAAGUAUACCAGAGUGGGAACUUAAUCAUCCGGGAAGUCGACGGAUCUAGGGCCAAGUUAUACUGCCAAUGUCUGUGUCUAUUCGGCAAGCUAUUCAUCGACCACAAGUACAUCUUCUUCGACGUCGAAGGCUUCAACUUCUAUGUCCUCACCAGCGCCGAAUCAGAUCAGAGGACGGGAGGGAUUCGGGAGACCAUCAUGGGGUUUUUCUCAAAGGAGAAGGUCAGCUACGAUGGCUAUAAUCUAGCAUGUAUCGUCACCCUCCCCCCGUAUCAGAAAAAGGGCUAUGGGACCUUGUUGAUCGAGUUUAGCUACGAGCUUGACCGGUUCGAGGCCGACAAAGAGAUCGGCUCGUUUCGUGACGACUCCCGCAAGCUGAUCCUAGGCACCCCGGAGCGCCCCUUAUCGACCCUGGGCGCCCGGGGAUAUCUGAGCUUCUGGACCGCCGUUCUCGUCCGCUUCUUCCGCACGCUCUUCACCCCUCCACCGCCGCGUCUCGGGGCCGAACUGGACAAGCAACUGGGCACCAACAAGAAGAUUCCCAGGACGGCGAAGAUGAUGGCGACACCGGAGAAGACGAUCGAGAUCUCCCUCGAGGAGAUCUCCCGGUCGACCCGACUCAGAUCUGAUGACGUCGCCUUCGCACUCAUCAGCUCCGGCCUCGCCAAGCCCAAACACUCCACCGCCAUCUCUUCUUCAUCCGACUCGGAACCCAGCCAUGAGCCUGACCGCUUUCCCGAAAGCUUCCUGAUCACCCCCGAACUAGUCGAACUGGUCGCCCGCAGAGUCAACGUCAAAAGCGCCAUCCUCGACCCCAGACACGUCCUCCUCAACCAGGCCGACCCCCAUCAUCUUCACGACCUCGAUCCUCAUCUUCCCCUCCACAACGGUCUCCUGCCCCUCGAUCACCCUCCUCAUCCUUCUUCCUCCCCUCCGCCCCAUCCUUCCGACUCCGACUCUGCCCUUCAUCCUUCUACCCCCGUCUGUCCUCCCCUGCCUAUCUUCCUCAGAUCUUCUAAGAACUCCGCGUUCUCAAAUUGUGCUCCGUCCCGCAAAUCCUCCGCAUCUUAACCCUUCCUAAAUAAACUGCCUUCUUCUUCUUCUCUUUCUCACGCUUUCUCAAUCCUCUUAGCUCAUGUUAUAUGGUUAGACACUUUCUUCCUCCGGGCUUCCUGACCCUCAAUUAUCCCCCUUCGGAACCCCCUCCUCCUCCUUCUUUUUUUUUGUGCCAUUGUAUGGGUUUCUUCUCUUCUCUCACUCACUCUCUUUUUUUUCUUUCUUACUUAUGUUGAUCUCCUUCAUGAGAAUCAAGAUAUACAUCUCCAAAUACACUUACAUAUGUUUGCAUAUCUUGUAGUUCCCAACGAUUAUUGGUCACAUGUCCUGUUUUUUUUUUUUCUCAGGGUCCACAUUUUCCUGAAGAAAAUGUC